GGCGCCUGCGUAUAGUGGAAGUCUACUUGAAACUCUUCAAUAUGCAUCUCCAUCUUUACAUCAUCUUGUGGUCGCUAUUGCUUCAAAGAGCGCUCGCCGUUCCUGAUAUCUCUCUAAAAUCUCGAGCAAAUAAGUGCUACGAAGACUCCUCAAAGGUUCUUAAGCCCGAUAUGACCUGCGAUCAGCUGCCUGAAAAUACCUGCUUCUACACCGUCACCACCUCUAUGAAGCCCGAGUCAGCAACCACCUCGAUUACGGAUUGGAAUUGUGUUUCAUAUGGCGAGGAUCAUUUUGUCUUCAACAGGACAAAGGCUCUGUUUGGUAUGGAUGCUGGUCCUAUGGAAGUCAAGGAUCGCAUUUGGGUUGUCUCAAACCUCACUCGUUUGAAUUCACCAGAGUCGAAAAUUGGUAUUAGUAGUUGGUAUACUGGGUCUUGUAGCUUCCCAUUGCUUCAAUGGCAAGGAAAAAAGUACCUAGUGUAUUUGGCGGAGAGUAUUGGAGACGCCUUGUCGAGUCUCAUACCUCUCAAGGUUCAAAGCCAUGUUUAUAGGAUCGAAAUACCAUGCUGAUACCAAGCAUGCUUCGCUAUAUUGGUAUUAGCUGCCCACCUGAUCACUGAGGGGCUGCAACAAACAUUCUCUGGGCACAUAUGUACAGUCUUUUAAGAAAAAUUCAUUCGUUAAUAUUAAAUUACGCUCA